CGCUCGUUACCUCCUCCAGUGGUGCUCAGCUGUCAGCGCGGAUCUGGAUGAACCUUCGCUGUCCUGACGGAUCCUGAAGGCAAUGUCGACGACCAGACUCCGAGAACCGGGCCGGAAUAAAACUCUGAACCCCUAAACUUUGGAGUUGCCGUCCUCCUCGCUGCCCCACGUCCAGGCCGGGGUCCAGUCGGGACUGGAAGGAGUGAUGCCUGUAGAGAGCAGCAGUGUCACCGCCCGCCAGGCCAAACAGAAGCGCAAGUCCCACAGUCUGUCCAUCCGCAGGACCAACAGCACGGAGCAGGAGCGGUCUGGCCUGCAGAGAGACAUGCUCGAGGGACAGGACUCCAAACUUCCUCUGCCUCUGAGGAGCAACCUGCUGGACCUGUUCAGUCAGAUCGAGAGAGAGUUUGAGAACCUCUACAUCGAGAACCUGGAGCUGCGCAGAGAGAUCGAGACGCUGAACGAUCGCCUGACUGGAGAUGGACAAACGCUUGAAGGCGCUGACCUGGCCAAAGGAGCUCUGAAGACCAAAGCGAGUCACAGCACGAGUCAGCUCUCCCAAAAGCUCAAGACGACCUACAAGGCCUCCACCAGCAAGCCCCGUUCAAAUUCGUGCCACGCCAGAGUAGGCGGAGCACGCCGCUUCAGCAGGACCGGUUGGGAGUUGUGGGGCGGAGACUCAUGGAUCGUGUCCAGUUUCAAAGCCACCACGUCCAGAGCCGUGUGCCAGCUGGUCAGGGAGUAUGUGGGCCACAGAGAUGGGAUCUGGGACCUGAGCGUGACCAAGACUCAGCCGGUGGUCCUGGGAACCGCCUCAGCAGAUCACUCUGCCAUGUUGUGGAGCAUCGAGACAGGCAAGUGCCUCCUCAGGUACCUGGGUCACCAGGGUUCAGUCAAUUCCAUCAAGUUUCAUCCCACUGAGCAGAUCGCACUGACAGCCUCAGGUGACCAGACGGCUCACAUCUGGAGGUAUAUGGUGCAGCUGCCGACACCGACCACAGACAUCAGUCAGACGCAGCCCCCCGAGGAGGACCCAGAUUUCUCAGACAAGGACGAGGCGGACGGCGAGGCCGAAGGCCCCAACGACUGCCCAACGCUCCGUGUGGCUAGCACUACCCUACGCAGCCACCAGGGGGUGGUGAUCGCCGCAGACUGGCUGGUGGGGGGCAAGCAGGUGGUCACGGCCUCAUGGGACCGAGCCGCCAACCUCUACGACGUGGAGACCUCCGAGCUGGUCCACUCCCUCACUGGUCAUGACCAGGAGCUGACCCACUGCUGCACCCACCCGAACCAACGCCUGGUGGUCACCUCAUCCAGGGACACCACGUUCAGGCUCUGGGACUUCAGAGAUCCGUCCAUCCACUCGGUCAAUGUGUUCCAGGGACACACAGACACGGUGACGUCGGCCGUCUUCACGGUGGGAGACAACGUGGUGUCUGGCAGCGAUGACCGUACCGUCAAAGUCUGGGACCUGAAGAACAUGAGGUCGCCCAUAGCAACCAUCCGCACUGACUCUUCUGUCAACAGGAUCAGCGUGUCGGUGACUCACAAGGUCAUCGCGCUUCCUCACGACAAUCGGCAGGUCCGACUCUUCGACAUGUCAGGAGUGCGACUGGCUCGGCUCCCGCGCAGCAACCGACAGGGUCACCGGCGGAUGGUCUGCUGCUCCGCCUGGUGUGAAGACAACAACUCCUGCAACCUGUUCACCUGCGGCUUCGACCGCCAGGCCAUCGGCUGGAACAUCAACGUCCCGGCGCUGCUGCAGGACAAAUGAGCCCACCACAAGCCCCCACCCCUUCUCGUGCCCCCGCCGUCGUUCGUGCCUGUGGUAGCCGACAUAGACGUAGAAGUAUCAAGCCGCCCUGAUCCCUCAGAGUUGGGGUUACACUUGCACCUGUUAGGGAGCCACCUGGUGUGUCCACUGAAUGAAUGAGCGUCUUCUCUUCAGUCAUGUGACCAGGUCAGGAGGUCAAAUGCCUGAUCAUCGGAAAUUGUUGGAAGACUCGACCGCCAAAAUAGAAGCACCAAACCUGACUUGAUGACUGACUGGCGCUGUUGGUUCUAGUUUGAAUCAUCAGGAAUGAGUUGAGAAGAAGAGCUGGCACUAACAACUUUAGAUGUCGUCACGUUUGUUAACGUCCUUGAACGAGUUCAGCCUUUCCUCUAACAACUUGUCGAAGUCGGUUUCCCAGUUGUGAACACAUGAAUUUGCCCCAUGUUGACGAAAGUCUCCGGUGAUGCCGCUGGAGAAGCGAUAGUGUUGCACACGUGUGUUGAGCAGUGCUGCGCCAGUGCGCCCUCUACCCGCUGCUCUGUGAACUACCACAGAAAACAGUUUAAAAUUGGUUGGUAAUUUACUUCACAGAACUUUAGUUACUGUUGUACAUGUGCAGGACUCGCUCUGUCGUUGACAGGUGGGCAGUCGCUGGAAUAGAAAUAAGUAUAAACGAUAGGUGAGUCUAUGUCUUAUGCUCCUGAGUGUGUAUAGGUGUGUGUGCGUCUGUGUCACUGAAGCACAUUUAAAAAGACUAACUCGUGACAGUUGCAGCUUCUCUCCGUGUGUCCUUCAGAAUAAAAGCACAGUUGUUACUCUGUUGGGAAAUAAAACACCUGUGAUGGACAUCUGCUUUUGUGGCU